CGUAUUCCGGAUAUCGAUGGAAUCAGCCAUUUACAACAGCCGUCAUUUGAACUUUGCCCAAGAGUCAUUCUUUGAGCCCCUCCAAUCAGUCGACUUUUGUCCGGUUAACUCAUCAAAGUCAACGCCUGAAUCAUUCAUUGUUAUUUGCCCACAUUAGGCGUAUAACCAUUUGACGCCCGAACCCAACCAACCGUCAUGUAUAAAAGUACAUGAUACCUACAUACGUACCCACGUUACCUAACAUCGAUAGCAGAUAGCAGAGACUCCGUCCAAGAUCUUAACCUCUUCAUGCGACUUUGACCUAACCUUGACUUUCCCAUAACCCGGAUUCAACCUCAUCCACCACUAUCUGGCCGAAUAGCUUCUAGUUCCAUACAGAGGUCAUGGCAUCAGGAAAGGUGUCCGUCCUCAAGUUCGUAGGGACCAUUUCCCUGGGUCUCUUGACAGGUACUUCUUAUACCUUGUCGACCCUUACGAUCCCGUCCCUUCUUGAGCUGCCUUCCGCUUCAGCCGCGGCCAAGGCUUUCCGAUCUCUCUCAUCGACCGCAUCGUUCCACAUCGAUACUCUGUCCGCCGUUUCGGGCACCGCGUUCCUACUUGCUUACAAACUAUCUCACCGAGGCUUCAAGCACCCGUAUCUGCUCUACGUGUCGGUGUUCUGCUUCGCUACUCGCCUAACUGAUUAUGUAACCCCAUCCAUCUUCGGCAAGCCCGUCUCGAGCACGUCUGCCGCCGCGCACAGACGUGCUGAGCUGAACAGGGCCCGCAAGGAGAAGCAGGCCGCGAAGCGCAUGGAAGCUAGCUACGAGCUCCUGGGCGAAGCGCACAGCGACGAGGAUACCAGUGCCAACGGCGAAGAGUUCGAGGAGGAUUACAACGGCGAGGAGGUCCGCAGCGAGGUCGAGUUCUUCGUUCGGAAUAAGUUGAUACAGACGGCUGUCUCAGGUAUCGGCUUCCUUAUGGCUGUUACUGGGAUCUGGGGAGACGGCCUCCCGCCAGUUGUCUUUACCGUCUGAGUUGGAGAGAAAUAUCCCAAAGAAAGGAUCUCAAGUAGGAGUUAAGAUGAUCUGAUUCUCAUCACUCGUUACGGCACUAGGAGAUGACAGGCUCCAAUCAUGUGGAGUUGGAUGGAACAUUGUCUAAAGUCAUAAAGCCACAAAUAUCCCGGAGUUAUAAGGGUUGUCUGCGUCAGAGCUGUACAUUUUGCACUCCCAUCUCCCUCCAAAGCCUUCUGCAUACACAUGAAUCCAGCCAAAAAAAGACAACAAUAAAAAAUAUAGCAUGGUACACGCGUCUAUUUCGGUAUUGAACCUUAUGAUAUCGUGUUGUCUUAUAGCAUACUCUUCGUAAACCGGUGAUAGACCUGAUUUCAUACCAAUAGCCCAACUUUGCCUGUGCUGGAUGAGAGAUGCCUUAAGGAUUAAAAGAGGUAACGUAUGAUGUAUAGACUUAUUGAUAACUCACUUAAUUAUCAGGAAAACUUCCAUAUUUUACUUAA